GUUCAAACUGCUCCCGUCCGUGGCCGUUGAUCUGGUCGUUACCGGGUAGCUGGCAUGCCAACAAUGGUUGGGUGUCCUCACCGCCACCAGCGGGGUAUUGUUACACUAUGUUUUGGUCGGCCAAUGAAGCCUGCCAAAGCCAGUGUCUUUCUAGAUCUCCGAGUGUUGUUGGGAGGGGUAAGGGUGACGCCCCGAGAGAUAUGCGUCCCGGGACAUGAAACCAAGAAGCGCCGAUCAAAGGACCCACCACAGAAUAUAAGUACUUCGAACUCGCCGCAAUUCCAACUGCUGAUUGUCCGACAUGGUCCAUGCGGCCGACGCGGUCCAGACAGCCACGCACAGCAGCCAGAACUCUCCUCAAGACUGCGGCAACUGCAGCAGCGGGGUUGUGUUGCUCUAUUCUUAACAUCGUCUCCGUUUCGCUUUGGAUAGACGCUAUGGCAUUGUCGAGAGAUUCUGAACGUACGAUCUGGCGAGGUAGUGCCACGGGACCCUCUUGCGUUCGUGAAGUAGGCUAUUGAAUGAAACCUGCAGCUACAUGUCUUGCAAACUCUCGUGCCAAAAGGUG